GUAUAUAUAAAUAUAUACAUAUAUGCGAAGCUAACUAAGCGCAGAAUCAAAAUAUUUCAUCAUCACAGCUCAUAAGUCUAAUUAUUUUGGCACCAAAAUCUGAAUUAUUAAUUUAUAUAUAUGGCAACGACGACGAAACUAACAACAUUCUUCCCAAAAGUAUGCCAAGGGUACUCGUUUCAGCUCGUGUUGCCGCAGCGGAGACGGCUUAGCGGCGUGAGGGCAUGCGCUAGUGGAGACGCGAAAGGUCGAGAUUACGGGGGAUCAAGGCUUGUGGAUGAGAGCAUGAUAGUGCUCCGAUUGCGUAUUCAGGAGAUUAAGCAGUUGGAGAUUGAUGGUGAUCAUAAAGCUGAUAAAAAUGGACCUCGUUCAGAAUGGAUGGAGUGGGAGAAGCAGUACUUUGUGUACUACAUACAGGAUGUUUACGAAGGAAUAGCGUUGUUGCAAAAUUAUUUGAUGAACAUUAGGCCAAGUUUGGCUCUAGGGUUUCUUCUACUUAUGAUGUGUAGUGUGCCUAUUUCUUCUGGCUUUCUUCUUUUUCAUGUGGUAGAGAUCACUAAACAAAUCCUCUCACGAUUAUACAUCUCGUCGUGAAGAUGAUGAUGUAGUUUUGUGUUAUGUGCAAAGCUAUGUACUAAAACAAAUUAAUGUGAUGUAGUAGUACUUCCCCUUCUUUAUAA